AUGGGAAAUAAGCUCACGUGCGGAGAAAUAAGGAACGACGGCGUGAGAGGAUUAAAAAAUGCAUAUAAUUUCGAAUUGAAUAAGUCUAAUAUUUGUGUAGAAAAUAGUACAACGUGUGACAAUAGUUAUGAUGAAGAGAAUUAUUUUUAUCGUUACGAAAAUGUAAGCUAUGUAGAAGAAGGAGAAGAAAGAAAAAGAGAAUAUAGUGAAGAUGAAAUAAAAGAAGAAGUUGAAAUUGUUGUUGAUAAUAAUAAUAAUAAUAAUAAUAAUAAUAAAAAUAUGUAUAAUUACCAUAAUGAGAUUAAGGAUAAAAAUAAAUUAGUGAAAAAAAGAGAGAAUCAAUAUAUAGAUAAAAAGUAUAUGAUAAAUGUUAAAAGAAUAUUAAUGUAUAUUAAAGAAUAUGAAGAGGAUUUUUUAUGCUUCUUCAAAAAAAAUAAUGCAACAAGUAUCAUAUAUUUAAAAUACAUUGUAUUAAACUAUAAGACAUAUAUUAUGAUAAUCGAGAAGGGUGUUAUAUAUAUAGGAGAAGUAAAUGAAAAAAAUGAGAAAAACGGUUUAGGUAUAAUAAUAACACCAGAUCAAUGUAUCUACAUAGGUGAAUUUGAAGAAGAUAAAAUAACAGGCUUUGGAUUGUAUAUACAUUAUUCUAAAAGUAAAUAUAUAGGUUAUUGGAGAAGAGGGAAAGCAAAUAGAUAUGGUAUAUUUAUACAUCCUGAUGGAACAUUUUAUAAAGGUUUUUGGUUAAAUGAUAAACAAAAUAAGAACGGUAUUGAAUAUGUAUAUAAUAAUUAUGUAUAUAUAGGUAAUUAUUGUAAAGGGGAAAAAAAUGAGUUUGGUAUUUUUGUAUGGAAUAAUGAAUGUAUGUAUAUGGGCAAUAUAAAAAAUAAUUAUUUUUUUAAUAGAGGUAUUUAUUUUUUUAAUAAAUAUAAAAUCUAUAUAGGUAAAUGGAAAUCAAAUUGUGUAGAUGGUAAAUGUGAAAUAAUUUGGAAAGAUAAUAGACAAUUUUUUGGAUAUCAUUUGAAUAAUUUAAAACAAGGAUUAGGUAUAUAUAAAUGGGAUGAUGGAAGAAUUUAUUUUGGUAACUGGUUAAACAAUAAACAACAUGGUUCUGGUAUCUUUAUUAUAAUUAAAAACUUUAAAGAAUAUGAACAUUAUAUACAAUAUCCUAUUUUUCUUUUAUUUAAAAAUACAGAAAAAAUCAAAAAAAAUUUUCUUCUUAAUCUUUCAAAAGAAAAUAUAUUUCAUAAAGGAAAUAUUGGUAAAUAUUUUCAUAACCUUCUAAAUAAUUAUGAUAAUUAUAAUUUUUAUAAUUUCUUGUUUAAUUUGUUGUAUAUUAAUUUUUAUGAUUUAUGUUCUACGUUCUUUGAUUAUAUAAAGAAAAAAAACAUAAUUCAUUUUAAGACUAAUCACAAUUUUUAUAAUAUAAUUAAAGAUCAUAUAUGUCUAAUAGCAGAUCAUUAUUUCAAUAAUAAAGUUAGUAAUAACAAAAUCGCACAAGCGGAUUCUUCUUUUUCUUUUCUUCUCACAGAUACACAUGAUAGAGAAAAGAAUAGAGAUCAAAAGUAUAUUAUGAAUCAUAAUAAUUAUAAUAAUCAUAAUAAUUAUAAUAAUCAUAAUAAUUAUAAUAAUCAUAAUAAUCAUAAUAAUCAUAAUAAUUAUAAUAAUCAUAAUAAUUAUAAUAAUCAUAAUAAUCAUAUGGAUGAUUAUCAAAAAUAUCCCUCUCCGAAUAAUAUAAACAUGAAAAACAACGAAAAUGAAAUGUUGAUUCAUAAUACUAAUAAUCAAAAGUAUAAUACAUUGUAUAAUCAAACGACAGGUUGUGAUAAUGAAAAAAUAAUCGUUGAUAAACAAAAAUAUGAAAAUAAUAAAAUUUUAAAAGGCUAUGAAAAUGACCAAGGUCCAGAGCAUCACAAAAUAAGUAGCCCUACUACUCAUCAGAAAAUAAAUAGGACGUCUAAUGUAUUACCAUUCCAAGAUAUACAACGUUUAAUACUUUAUAUAAAUUCAAUAAAUUUAAAUGAUAUGAGUGAAAAGGACAUAAAUAAGCAUAAUCCCAUAUUUUCCUAUGCUUCUAAAAAUAUUCUUUUGAAAUAUGGUAAAUGGAAAAAUGGGAAGCUCAAAAAAUGGCUCUAUGCUAGUGAUGACAGUAUAAGUGUUGUUAAUAGGGAUACCAUAAAUAAUGAUAUAAAUGUUUUAUCGUACAACGGAAAAAGUAAAGGCGGCAGAAUUAAACAUUUUUUUAAGAAUAAGACUGGAGGUGAUAGUAACAACAAUAUGGAAAUAAACCAUAAAGUUAACAGUAAUAAUAAUAGUAAUAUUAGUAGCAAUAUUAGUAGCAAUAUUAGUAGCAAUAUUAGUAGCAAUAUUAGUAGUAAUAUUAGUAGUAAUAUUAGUAGUAAUAUUAGUAGGAAUAUUAGUAGGAAGCAUAACAGUUACUCUUUCUCAUCCCCUUCGUCAUCUUCCACAAAGAGCCUAUACAAAACAAUGAAAAAAAAAAAAAAAAAAAAAAAAUGCAUUAAUGAAAAAAUAUAUGACCCAGCACAUGGAAUUCAAAAGGACAUCAAAAGUAAAGGGCUAAUUCCACAGAAUGAUAAUAAUAAAUAUAUUUAUCAUAAAAAGGAAAAAAAAAAAGAUAUAUCAUAUGAUAAUGAUCACUAUUGUUAUCAUAGUGAUGAAGAUGAUAAUAUAUAUUUGCAUGAUGAAGAAAAAAAAAAUAUUCAUGUACCUCAUGAUAUAAAAAAUAUAGAAAAUGACAAUAUGGAAAAAUAUAUAAAACCUCAAGGAAUAAAUCAUAAAUUCAGUAAUGAUUAUAAUUUCAAACAACACCAUUUAUCCUUUAUCCAUAAUAUAAAAGAAUACAAUGAUAUACAACUACAUGAAAACCGAAAUAUAAAAAAAUAUAAAAAAAAAAAUGAGAAAAAAAAAAAAAAUAAAUUAAACAAUAAGUUGAUGUAUUAUAAAUAUUCAUAUAUUACAACUAGUACGAGUGAUCAUCGUAUUUCAAACAAAUCACCUAAUUCGAUAUCUUCUUUGAAUGUCAGUGUGAAUAGUAGUAUACAAUCCUUAGAAGAUAAAAGAAAAGAUAAAACGCACAACAGUACUAGGAAUUAUCUAAACGAUAAACGUGUUGUCACAGAUAUUUCUUAUAAGCAUAUACAAAAAGAAAAUAAAGAACAGACUGAAAUAACGUAUGUUAAUAAUAUCAUGAAAGAAAAUGAAAAACACCAAAAUGAUGAUGAAGAUAUAAAAAAUGUAGAAAAAAUAAACAGAGUGAACAAUAUAAAUACGAAAGAAAAUAUAAACCAAAUUAAUAAGAACGAAAAAAUGAAUUCUUUUGAAAAAACUGGUGAUAACAAUAUGACAUAUGUUAACUUGGAUGAUAUGAAAAAAAAAAACAAACAAAAUGGGAUAAUAAAAAAAAAAGGAAUUAUAAGACAAAAUAAAAUGAAUAGAAAGGAAACAAUCUCAAAUGAAAGUCUUAUGAAUCAAAUGGACACAGAUAAAAGAAAUUUAACAAAUACAAGAAAUACAAAAAAUUCUACCUUGCCAUAUAAAUACAAAAAUUAUGAUUUACCAAAAAAGGGUUUCUCAUUAAUCUGGAGUCUUAAAAAAAGUAGGAGAAAUUCACCUUUAUCUACAAAAGAAAAAAUUAUGUAUCAAAAUAAUGAUCAAAGUUGUGACGAUCAUUAUGAUAAAAAAUAUGUUCAAAAUAAUGAAAUAACAGAUAAUCAACAAAAAAAAAAAACCUUUUUUAGAAACUUUCUAAGUGUUAACAAAAAAAAAAAAAAAAAAAACACGCACUAA